GUAAUUCAAUUAGAGAAAAUGAUAAAGGAAAUAUUACACGCAAAUUUGAAAAAAGAAACAAACAAGAUUUUAAUAAUAGAAUAUUUGAUAUUAAAUUUGCUAAAAGAACAACACUCGAACAAGUUGAAAAAGUUACAUUAGACUUAGGAAUCGACAGUGAAAUAUGCCAAGACAAUAAUGCAGGAUAUUAUUACUGGAGACAAUUUUGA